CAGGGCGGAAAAUUUGUGAGCGGAGCGCGGGAGCUGCGAGUCCGGCGUCCGCUCGGUCCGGGAAAGGCCUUAAGAAGUUGGUACGCUUCCAGGUGCUCCUUGGGAAGCCAGGGCUGCUUCCUCACGACUUUCCGGUCCUAGCCGCCUGUUACCUUAGAGCGCCUCUCUGCCUCCCUGGUGCCCAGGUACCUGUUUCAGAGAAGAUGACGGAGGAACUGGACCUCACAGGACAGGACUCUGAUGCGGGUAGUGAAGAGGUGGUCCUGACUCCUGCAGAGCUCAUUGAAAGGCUGGAGCAGGCCUGGAUGAAUGAAAAGUUUGCCCCUGAGCUGCUGGAAAGCAAGUCUGAGAUUGUAGAGUGUGUCAUGGAACAGCUAGAUCACAUGGAAGAAAAUCUCAGGAGAGCCAAGAAGGGGGAUCUGAAGGUCAGCAUUCAUCGGAUGGAGAUGGAGAGGAUCCGCUAUGUCCUCAGCAGCUACUUGCGGUGUCGGCUCAUGAAGAUAGAGAAGUUUUUCCCUCAUAUCCUUGAAAAGGAGAAAACACCCCACGAGGGGGAGCUGUCUAGCCUUUCUCCAGAGGAGCUGGUCUUUGCCAAACAGUACAUGGCUAACACAGAGACCUACCUUAAGAAUGUUGCCUUAAAGCAUAUGCCUCCUAACUUACAGACUGUGGACCUCCUGAGGUCAGGUUCCUGCCCAUGCUUGGUCAGAUGCUGCCUUGAUUCAAAGAAUCCAAAUCCAGUUCAAGAUGUCUCCAAAUACAUUUCCAUCCUGAAGUACUAGGGUCAAGGCAUCAACAUACACAUUUGUGGGCAAGGGGGACGAGUGUAGGCCACAAUAGGGGGACAAGUGCAGCCUACAGCACUGGGAGCAAACCCAUAGCAGAUCUGUGGAACUCGGAACUGGUCAUUGUGGUGAACCUGCCUGAGGGAAACAAAAGGGCCAGUCCAUGUCCAGUUCCACCACUUUUUGUCUGCCUCUUAGAAGAAGAGGAAGGAAGCAGGACCACAUCCCUAAUCAUUGCCCAGUGCUGUCACACCUGGUUGACUAAAGCAGCCACGAGCGUGCAUCUAAAUUUCUGAAACUGAGUCUAAUUGAAUUCUACCUGAUGCUGGCUGACACCUCCUAAAAAACAUGUCGCUUGUCCCAGAUCCUUUCCAAGGACUAGAGCCAGGCCCCUGGAAUUGGAAACUUGUGGAGGGGAUCAUCCUGUCCCAGUGAAAUCAGUCUUGCUUAGUUAGCCCAGGUACCCUGAGUCCCCAUCAGGCCUCUGGAGCAUCGUAGAUCCCUGCGGGCAGAGUGGGGGAAGGCAUGUUGAAAUCUAAGCUGGGUUUCCUGGAAUCAGUAGCUGCCCAGCCGGGUCAACGAGGUGCUCUGUGGCAGGCCCCAAACCCUGAAGCAGCCCAAGGGCUGCUUAGACCCCUUAGACCUUUGGAGCCAGUUAUGCGGAACCCCCACCUGUGGAUGAGGGAAUCCAAGGCGAUUUUUGUGCUGAGCUGGGCUCCUAGAACAGAGUUAUCUAGUAAAUUCUCAGAACCUGCAGUUGAUGGAGUCCUCUGGGUAUGUAGGGAGCUCUAAGAAAUGAAGAACUCUCGAGCAGCCCAGCCCAGGGCCCCUCCUUCCACACAGUGUUGGCUGGUGGUAGAAGAGGCAGCAGCCUCUCACCCCGAAGUCAACAAGUGAAGGAAACAAGUGAAGGACAGCUCAUGGUGGAAACCUGUGUUCUGUCAUCUGACACUCAGGACUAUCCCAAUGUGACCCUAUCUUUCUAAUGCUCUCCUAUUACUGCUAUAUAUGAGGAUAUUUUCUGACUAGAUUUAUACACCUUUGUCCUCCCAACACGUGUAUGUAUCUCUGCCUUGGCCCUUGCUGUUAGCGCCCAGGUUCACUCUCCCUCACUGAGGGAGUUGACGUCUUCCUCCCCACUUCCCUGAGCGACUGAGCCACCGCUGUGAGGUGUGAUGAGAAGCUGCCGGUAGCCCUCUUCAGAGUGACCCCAUGUCACGCUUGCUUGUAUCUUCCGCGAUGUGCACAUUUCACAUACUCGGUGUCUGUUGAAUGAGUCAUUGCUGUGCGAGACCCUGGAUGGGAAGUGUACUGUUUCUGUAAGGAGCCAGAGCUGUCCUCAAGCCACCGUCCCCCAAAAAUGCUGUCACCAUCAGGGGUCCCUUAGAGCUCGGUACAGUGAAUCCCAGCAACUUUCCCAGAUUGGUCUUGUUGGCAGAGUAUUUUCUGACUGCAUUAUCAUU